UAAACAUACGCAAUAACGUCAAAAAAGGGCAAAAGGAAAAUAAAAGAUAAUAAAUAACCUUGAGUCUUUUAAAUUGAAGUUGGUUUCACAAACCGCAUCCUCAUCAACCAAAGUAUUUUUUCUAUUCUAUUAUAUUAAGUCACGUUCCUUCGUUGAAUUGAACAUGGAAAACGAAGACAACAACAUGGCGAGAAAACCAAGAUUUUUGUGCCUUCAUGGAUUUCGAACAAGUGCAGAGAUAAUGAAAAAACAGAUAGAGAAGUGGCCACAAGAUGUUUUAGACAAACUCGAUCUUGUUUAUGUCGAUGCCCCUUUUCCUUGCACUGGCAAAUCUGAUGUUGAAGGAAUUUUCGAUCCUCCUUAUUACGAGUGGUUCCAAUUCAACAAGGAAUUUACAGAGUAUAUCAACUUUGAUGAGUGUUUGCAAUAUAUUGAGGAUUACAUAGUCAAACAUGGACCGUUUGAUGGUCUUCUUGGAUUCUCGCAGGGGGCGAUUUUAUCAGCUUCAAUCCCAGGCCUUCAGGAGAAGGGCGUGGCACUGACGAAGGUUCCUAAAGUGAAAUUCGUUAUAAUCAUAGCAGGGGCUAAGUUCAGGUCACCUUCAGUGGCAGAGAAAGCAUAUUCUUCCAUGAUUACUUGCCCCUCUCUUCACUUUAUAGGUGAGAAUGAUUAUUUGAAGCAAUAUGGAAAAGAACUAAUGGAAUCUUUUGUUGAACCUGUGGUAAUUCAUCAUCCAAAAGGACACACAGUACCAAGAUUAGAUGAUAAGACCUUGAAUACCGUGACGAGUUUUAUUGAAAGAAUUCAAAAAGAUAUAUCUGAAAAUAAAGAAUGAGUUCAGGCAACAAUCUUAUAAUUCAAAUCAAUUUUGAAGUAAUAUUUCAUUUUAGCACAAGUUUUUUGAAAUAUUAUUUUAGCAUAAGUUAAUAAUUGUUAUAUACUUGUUCUUCACAUACGAUUAUGCAAGUCGUGUUUAAUUAAUGAUUCUAUUAAGAGGUUUAUUUCAAAUAUA